AUGGAGGCUUUCCCAAUUGCUCCUCUACCUAUCUGGACAUCGACCAAUGGGCGACGGACCCAGAGGAUCACUCAGGAGCCAUCUUCAGGGUCCAGAGAUGUCCAUGCUUCAGUGGCAGCCACAUCCCAAGAUGGCAGAGAUGGCAGGACACAAGGCAAUGCAUUCUCAGACCCUGACUCAAAACAGGUACCUCACCCUGUGGGGGAUCCGGAUGGGUUAAUCCCAGUCACACAGCGUUACUUUCGCAACCUGGUCACAGAAAUCAAAAGCCUUUUGGCAGCUGACAUGGCAGUCAUAAAAGCUGAUAUACAAUCAGUUAGAGACAGAGUAAAGGCCUCAGAGGAAGACAUUGCAGAACUCAAGAAGGGCCUGUCAUCCCUAAUGGACUCUGUUCUAACCCUACAAACUAAUCAACAAGCUCUUUCACUUCACUACACAACUUUUGAUGACAAUCACCUAAAAAUAAGGGGUAUACCUGACCUAAUCAAGCCUGGGUGGCUUCAGUGGCUUCAGACUUGUGGCUUCAGUACUACCAACAG